UUUACACACACCGAAUGUGAAACCAGGGCGUUUACAGCGGAAGAUAAAGAGUGGACGGGCGUUUAUAAAAGGCGCGUUUUGGGGCACCAUUCAUUCUGAAGGAAUGAAAUCUUCCGUUUCUGAACUUUUAAAGACCUCUUCAACGAACCACGUUCUUCCGCGUUGAAGCUGUCAGAAAUUGAUGUGGAUAAUCGCAUCGCUCGGACCCCUUCCUUCUUUCGACAGACAAGAGCUGCUCAGCUCUUUAUUUCAAGACUGUAUCAUGAAAACGAAGGCCGUGCAGGUUAUGAGGGAAUGUAAACUCUUGCCAUUUCUAGACCAGAAGCCAGAGACAUCCUGCCCAGAAUAACUUGAUGAGAGCAUCGUUGGAUAACCAAUCCAAUCCAGACCAUACACAAACUAAAUAGAAAUUUAGCAAACCAAAGGAUUUUAUGUGCUUUUGCUCGCACCUUUACCCAAAUAAGCACAUUUUUUUGCAGACAAUUGCAUUUUGAACGGCGAUCGAGGCAUAAACAUGUUAAAAACAGGAACAGCGAUGGAGGCGGCAGAUAUUGCAGUUGUUGCACUUUAUUUUGUGCUUGUGCUUAUAAUUGGUCUGCUCGCUAUGUGGAAGGCCAACCGUAGCACUGUCAGUGGCUACUUCCUGGCAGGUCGGACUAUGAAUUGGGUGGUGAUCGGUGCCUCACUGUUUGUCAGCAACAUCGGCAGUGAGCAUUUUAUUGGACUUGCUGGUUCUGGUGCAGCCAGUGGCUUUGCAGUAGGCGCCUGGGAGUUCAAUGCCCUCCUGCUUCUGCAGCUGCUCGGUUGGGUGUUCAUUCCAGUCUACAUCUACUCUGGAGUUUACACCAUGCCAGAGUACCUCUCCAAGCGCUAUGGGGGCAAGCGGCUAAAGAUUUACUUUGCAGCCCUCUCACUUCUGCUCUACAUCUUUACUAAACUCUCAGUGGACUUGUACGCAGGAGCUCUUUUCAUUCAGGAGUCUCUUGGCUGGAACCUCUACCUGUCGAUCAUCUUGCUCAUCUCUAUGACAGCCUUGCUGACAGUAACCGGUGGACUGGCUGCUGUGAUAUACACAGACACACUACAGGCCGUGCUCAUGAUUGGCGGUGCGUUAACCCUCACCAUCAUCAGCCUGGUCAAGGUGGGUGGUUUGGAAGGGGUGCGGGAAAAAUACAUGGAGGCCAUCCCCAAUGUCACAGCCAUCCUGGCUAACAACAACUUCAGUUUCCAGUACACAAACUCCUGCCGGAUCCACCCCAAGCCAGAUUCUCUCAAGCUCCUGCGAGGACCGCUUGAUGAGGACAUCCCUUGGCCAGGUUUCAUUUUGGGUCAGACACCCUCAUCCAUUUGGUACUGGUGUGCAGACCAGGUCAUCGUCCAGAGAGUGUUGGCCGCCAAGAACAUUGCCCAUGCCAAAGGCUCCACGCUUAUGGCAGGAAUGCUGAAGAUCCUUCCCAUGUUCAUCAUCGUUAUUCCAGGAAUGAUCUCACGAAUAUUGUUCCCCGACGAGUUGGCAUGCAUCAGCCCAGAGCACUGCAUGGCUGUAUGCGGCAGUCAGGCCGGCUGUUCCAACAUCGCCUACCCUCGACUGGUUAUGAGCGUGAUGCCAGUGGGCCUCAGAGGGCUGAUGAUGGCGGUGAUGAUCGCUGCCCUCAUGAGUGACCUAGACUCAAUUUUUAACAGUGCUAGCACUAUCUUCACACUGGACAUCUAUAAAAUGCUGCGCGUAUGUGCCUCCUCCCGUGAGCUGGUGAUCGUCGGCAGGUUUUUUGUGAUAGUCAUGGUGACUAUCAGCAUAGCUUGGGUGCCUGUCAUUAUUGAGAUGCAAGGUGGCCAGAUGUACCUGUACAUCCAGGAAAUGGCAGGAUACCUCACUCCACCCAUUGCUGCCCUCUUUCUACUUGGAGUCUUCUGGAGGCGUUGCAAUGAGACCGGCGCAUUUUGGGGCGGCAUGACUGGGUUCGUACUAGGCACUGCCCGCCUCUUCCUUGGCUUCAUAUAUCGUGAGCCAAAAUGUGACCAGCCAGAUGAACGCCCGGCUUUCAUCACAGAUGUCCACUACAUGUACAUUGCUGCCGGGCUGUUUUGGAUCUCCGGGCUGGUGGCUGUGUGUGUCAGUCUGUGCACAUCUCCGCCAGAAGAGGAGAAGGUCAAACGCACCACAAUCUGGGGCUUGAAAGAGCUUAAGCACCUCCCUGUAAUUGAACGAGAAGAGAAAUACAAACUCACUAAUUGCAAUGGUGUUCUCAAGAAAGAUGUUCCAGAAGAUGUCCAGAAUGAUAGAUGUCUUGAUGGGGCUGACAUGAAACUCCUUAUGCCCUCCCCUUGUGACCAAGAUCCUAUGAUCCCCAGCACAGAGGCAUCCACACAGAUGGAGCUCUAUGCCAAUGGUCAUGCAAAUCUUGUCAAACAGAAGAAUCAGGGCGAGUGUGAUGAAGAGAGCUGCCUGCAAGUGUUUGACUGGAUUUGUUGUCACAAAGAGAAAACAUCAGUGGUUGAACCCAAAGUGGUUGGAGAAGAUGAAGAAACUGUUUGUGAAAUGCUUUAUGAACCUCCUAAGAUCAAGCUCUUACUUAACUUAGGCCUGGUAUUCGUCUGUUCACUGGGUGUUUUCAUGUUUGUGUACUUCUCCUUAUAAUAUGCUGUGUGAAAGACAGAACAUUUAUAUGAACUAUUUGUUAUUAUUAGCCAUAUAGAGUCUGUAAUAUUUACAGUGUGUUUUAUUUUUCUUUUAAGAACUUCCUUUUAGGGACUUCAUACUGAUAGAUGUUAUUUAUUCCUUUAUCUUGGUUUUGUCACACCUCGAAAUAUUCAGCUGUUCUUUAUGGUAUGUUGACAACCAAAUUCAUUACUGAAACUGUAGCUUUUUUAUACUUGGUUGAACUAAGGUAAUGUAGGAUGUACUAUUUUUUUUUUCUUCCUUGGUGAAUUUUACCUUAAUGUCUGCACUCCUCCAAACUGAAACAAAGUAAAUUUUUUCAUAUAGUAGUACGUAAAUGUGUAAGGGGGUUGUCUUUUGCAUAUGCACACUCUUGGGAAUAUCAGAUUUCUAAAACUUGACUUCGCUUGUAAAUUUGUCACCUGUGUAACUGGAAUAGUGUUUCCAAGGUUUUUAUUUAAAUGGAUAUCACUGACUAGUUGUGCUGUCUGAGUAAACCUAAUUUACAUUCCCAAAUACAAAACGAGCAUUUAGAUCUGUUCAUUUAAAUUGUAACUGUGAUUGUAUAUAUAAUUGGCUGUAUUUUCUGUGCUUUCAUGAUUUUGUAUUUAGUAACACCAAAAUGCCUUUUUUUGCAGAGCUGUGAAGACAUUGCUUUUUGUUAAUAUAACAUUUAAUGUGAAGGAGAAAAAAAAAAAAAAAAAGAAUUCCAAAACGUUAUUGCUACAAAGCAAUUCAGCUAUAGAAUGCACAGACCGGUUAUAUGGAUGUUACUAAAUGGCAGUUUGAACCGCCACAGGAAAGACUGUGUGGGAAAACUGUCAUUAAUGUGUUAAUUCCUCACAUUUAUUUAGCACUUUUCAAAGCACUUAAAGUGCUUUACAUUGUUGGGGGGGGUGUCUCCUCAUCCACCUGGAUGAUGUGACUGUUCCAAAAUGCCCACCACACACCAGCUUAUUGGUGGAGAGGAGUCAGAGUGAUGAAGUCAAUGAGUAGAUGUGGGGAUUGUUAGGGGGCCCGUGAUGGUCAAAAGCCAAAUUUGACCAAGAUGGUGAGGUCACACCUCUACUCUACUCUUUUCGAAAGACAUCCUGGGAUUUAAAGUUGCAUCCAAAGGACGGUGCUUUUUACAGUAUAGCGUACCUGUCACUGUACUGGGGAGUUAGGACCCACAAAGACCACAGGGUGAGCACAGCUUCUCUAACACCUUUUACACUAGCAACCUGGUUUUCCCAGAAGGUCUCUCAUCCAGGUACUGACCAGGCUCAACCCUGCUAAGCUUCAGUAGGUAACCAGUUUUGGGCUGCAGGAUGACAUGGCUGCCAGCCAUAUAAUAACUGAUUUAAUGAUGUCCCAAAACAUUAAGACUGGGAUGUCCAAUUUUGAUUGCUGCGCAAAAUAGUAUCUUGUUCUUCUAGAAGAAGAAUUUGAUUGUAGCUGCAGUAACAGGCAUUGCCUGUUGUUGAUCUGCUGUUGAAUGCACUAUUUGUUCAGAGAAAGGGGAACUGCUGAAUGGCCUUAGUGAAACUGAGAUGGGCGUGAGGGGUUUUCUAGACAGAUGUAACUUAUUUUUUUAAGUAAAGUUUCACAAUGUUGUAUUAAUACCUUGAAAAGACCUUAAACGUAAUGACAUUUUAAUUCAGAAGUUAUGUUAAGAGUUAUCAUUCCAAAUAAAAUUAAGUUGGGAUAUCACUGAAGAAAAAACAUUUUACAUUAUAAAAUAAAUAGUUGAAAAUCACUCUAUAUGUUUAAAUCCCUUUUGUACAGAUAAUCUCUUUGUAAAAGAGGUACAUUAAUAAAGAAACAUUCAUUAGACAUUUGUUGCUUUAUAUUUAUUUUCCCCCAAAUGAACCUUUUGGUUUUCUGACUCUUGUCCUUGUGAAUGUUACUGAAGUGAUUGCCUUUUUUUUUUUUUUUUUUUGCAGCUAUCAACUCAUCUUAUACUUAUUUGAAAAUUAAUUCUCAAUCUCAGAGGGGAAAAAAAAAACCACAUGAAAUUUACAAAGGUUGCGAACUGUUGUGAUUAUCCGAGGCCUAACUGAUCAAAUUGUUCUUGUCAUCUAAACCUGACAUGAAAAAUAAAUUAUCAAAAGACUUAUGCUCCAAAAGAACAUCCUUUUAGCACACAUUAGACAAUUUUCAGGCAAUGCCAUACUACUACUUGCUUAGGGGUGUGAAAUGUGGUUUUGGUUUUGGAUACUCCACAGAUUUUCAAACCAACCUUUUAAUAUUUAUCCAUUCAUUUAGUAGUGAAAUUAUGGGGUUCUGUCUUUUUUUAAAGGCACUUAUAUCUUGUUUGUUUUGUGUUUGAUAAUGUGAAUUGUUUUUGACUGUUACAUUAUUUCAUUCAACAUCACUCUCUGAAGUACUUAUUUUAACAUGGACUUUCAUAACAACAAAAAGGUUUUGUGUUUAUUUGGUUUCAGUAGCUAAAGUUUUGUUUGCAUUGAAUCAUUUGUCAUUGAAUGGUGUAUGGAUUUCAAAUUUUUCUGAUGUGUGAUUUAGAGUUUCUAUAUUUCUUAUGUUGUCGCGUGUUGCCAGAAACUAGCUUUAUCAAUUCAUUAUGAUGAGUUCCAUGAGCUAAAAAGAUGGAGUUUGUUACUUUCAAUCUCUGAUUUCAUGAGAAAUGCACUAAUGAUUUGUACAUUUGCUACUUUUAUUAUUAAAAGUUGCAAAUGAAUAAAAAGACAUUCAUUUGAGAAGGACAAA